UACAUAUAGAGUAUUUUGCCUGAAUUCCUUCAUUUGGAGUGUGAAAUUAUUUUGAGAUUGUAAAGCUGCAGUUGCAACAUGGAGGACAAUUCCUAUGUGGUCAAAAUGAAUGGGAAUGGUGUCAAUGAGAAUAAUUCUCUCAAUGGCGUCAAUGGAAAAGGUCUUAAUGGGAAUGGUAUCCAACAUAAGACUGUGAAAGGCAGUGUUUAUAAAUCCAAGCAGAAGAGCCGCAGGCAGAGAUGGAACAUCCGGCCCUCAGAGAUGUCAAUCAACACAUUGAAUCCCAUCCGUGCCAUUGUGGACGGGAUGAAGCUCACACCCAACCCCGAGAAGCCCAUGAUUGCUCUAUCCAUUGGGGACCCUACAGUGUUCGGGAACCUGCCUACCGAUGAAAAAGUUACCCAGGCCUUGAAGGAUGCCAUUGACUCAAACAAAUACAACGGCUAUGCUCCGUCUGUUGGUUAUCAGAAGAGCAGAGAUGUGGUGGCAAACUUCUACAGUUGCCCCGAGGCCCCCUUGGAGGCAGAGGAUGUGGUUCUGACCAGUGGCUGCAGCCAGGCUAUAGAUCUGGCCAUCACGGUGCUGUGUAACCCUGGAGACAACAUCCUAAUCCCCUGCCCUGGAUUCUCCCUCUACAAGACUUUGGCUGUGUCUCUGGGCAUCCAGGUCAAACUGUACAACCUGCUGCCAGAGAAGUCUUGGGAGGUCGAUCUUCAGCACAUGGAAAGCCUGAUCGAUGACAGGACAACCUGCCUGAUCAUCAACAAUCCUUCCAACCCUUGCGGCUCUGUCUACAGUAAAGAGCACCUAAAGAAUGUCCUCUCUGUUGCCUCCAAAAAUUGCAUCCCAAUCCUGGCUGAUGAGAUCUAUGGUGACAUGGUGUUUCCAGGUUGCAAGUACCAAUCUAUGGCGUCCCUCAGCAGUGAUGUACCCAUCCUGGCAUGUGGCGGUCUGGCCAAGAGAUGGUUGGUUCCUGGCUGGAGGAUGGGCUGGAUCCUCAUUCAUGACCGGAAUCAAAUCUUCGGGAAAGAGAUUCGUCAGGGUUUGGUUAAGCUUAGCCAGAGGAUUCUGGGAGCCUGCACCAUUGUCCAGGGGGCGAUAGAGAGCAUCCUGAACGACACGCCCCAGGAGUUUUACUACAGAACCAUCAGUUUCCUCAAGUCAAACUCAGAGAUCUGUUUCUCUGAACUGUCCACUGUUCCUGGGCUGACCCCUGUGCUGCCAGCAGGAGCCAUGUACCUCAUGGUGGGGAUUGAGAUGGAACACUUCCCAGAGUUCCAGAAUGAUGUGCAGUUCACUGAGCAUCUGGUGACUGAGCAGUCCGUCUUCUGCCUGCCUGCUACGGCAUUUGAGUACCCAAAUUACUUCCGGAUCGUGGUGACCGUACCAGAGGAGAUGAUGGUGGAGGCAUGUGCACGGAUCCGGGAGUUUUGCCAGCGCCACUACAGACCCUGCAGCCAAGACAGCAACGAGCUGGACCAAUGAGAGACAGCCUGAGAGAGAAGGAGGGAGACCAGAGAGUAUGGAUGUAGUAAGGGACAAAAGUGAAUGUGAAAAAAAGAGAACGGGAAGAGAGCGGGUGAAAGAAAGAAGAGGAACUAGGGAAGAGGAGUGAGAAAAUUAUGUUGCACUGCAGGAGCAAAGGAUUUAGUAAGAAAGAAGAGGAACUCGGGAAGAGGAGUGAGAAAAUUAUGUUGCACUGCAGGAGCAAAGGAUUUAGUAAUGUAAUUGGUGGUCGUCCAUCUUUGGUAACUUCAAUUUAUGAGCAGACCUGAUAUUUAUAUUUUGUACGGCCAUUUUAUGUUAAACUUACUUUGACUAAUUAUUUGGCUUCAUGGUUGUACCAAUUCUCAAGGCUCCAAUGUUACUUUAUAUGUUGGGUCGACCAAAACCCCAUUGGGCCUAUAGAACCAGGGACCGGGGUUUUACCCACCCCUUUGUUCAAACCAUGAUGGGGUUAAUGGUUGGGUUGAUCCUACCAGGAAAACAAAUGGAACUCAAGCACCAGCAGAUUACAUACAGUGCUUUCCAUAGUCUGUGUUACAUACUUUUUCUUGCUAGGAUUAUGAUGCUCAACCAAAACCUUUGCUAUCUACUUGUUAAUCUAUCUUCAUGUAAUAUUGAAUGUUAUUUUUUUUAUGUGAAAAAGUUAUUUAAACCAAAGUAAAGCUAUGAAAUACCUGUUUGUUUGUUGUGACUCAUUAGCUCAUGGUAAUAUAAAAACUAAAUCAAAGGAUGUAUCCACUAAUUUAUUGAUUAUAGUUUGUUAUUGAGGCCUACACCCAAUCCAGACAUGGGGAUUUGACCUGAGCUGACCUGUCCAUCAGUAAAGUCAUGUAACAGCUUAAGGGUUGAAUCAGUCCAGAAUGGGGAUGGACAUGGUUAGGGUUU